ACAGCUGCUGUGAUUGGUUGACCGGUGCGGACAGAGUCAGCCCCCCCCCACACACACACACUCACUCACUGGGGCCAUGACCUUUAACCUUCGACAGUCUGGACACGCCCCUGCGCAGGUUUUUGGUGUCAGAUCUGGUCCAGUUUGGACUGAACCAGCAGAACCUUUUAAAGCAGAACCUUCCUGACGGACGGUUCUCCGUGUUGUCGACUGUUUGACGGCGUGGUUUCUGUAGACAUGGUGGUGUCCGGCGUCCCCCGAGAGAACGGGAUCCUGCACGCCUCCGAGAUCGCCAGCAUGGCUCUGGACCUGGUGGGCGUGUGUCGGACCUUCAGGAUCCCCCACAAACCCAACACACAGCUGCAGAUCCGAGCAGGGAUACACUCAGGUACACACUCAGGGACACACACUUUUACACACACACACGGACCCCGUUUGACCCGGAACCGUCAUCAAGUCUCUGAAUGUUCCUUCAGGACCCGUGGUGGCCGGGGUCGUCGGGACCAAGAUGCCUCGGUACUGCCUGUUCGGAGACACGGUGAACACGGCGUCCAGGAUGGAGUCCAACAGCCUGGGUAAGUGUUGUGGUUACCAUGGUGAUCUUCAUGUUAGUGACCUGGAAACUCCCCCUGCUGGUGAGACGAGGAAAACGUCUGAAGACAGAUUUAUGAUCUGGUGUUUUCAGAGCGACGCGGCGGACCUCAGGAGGUCAAACCAGAACCAGUUUCUGACCUUCAUGAAGGUCAAUCUAACGACAGGUCAGCUGACCAAAACAAAAACAGGUUUAACCACAGACUGGAUCUAGAACAGACUCGCUCUGAGAACAGCGCCCUCUGGUGACGGGCUGCAGUAUAGGUCCUAAACCCCGCCUCCUUAUGGAGCUGUGGACAAACUUUCUAAAUGAAUGACACAGAAUAUAAAUGUUUCUCCCCCCUGGUUGUGAUGUUGACAUGUAGUUACUGUCAGACUGGUUUGUGCUCAAGUCCUCUUUUUUCUGUACAGCUCCAUUUUUAAAAGUUAUUAGGGGGUUCAUGUUUUCUAUGAUUGACACCUGAUACAGCCAAUGGGAGGACAGAGAUUGAGUAGAUCACCGGGGGAUACGCUGUUUGAGCCGAGCGCCAUCACAGAGACUCUCCCGCUGAAUAAGAACAACGUUACUGAACAAAGUUGGUUUGAGGAAGUGGAGAAAAAACGUGGAACUUUUCGGCUUCAAAACCGUAAACUGGCGGGAGGCGGAGCCAAGUUGUCCAGAGUAAAUACAGUCUAUGGUUGAGGGUCUAAGGCUGCGGUCUGUUCUUGUUUAUUCAGACGGUCAGAAUCCGUCCUCUCGUGUCUCUGAGUCCACGUCAGAGUCUCUAAAAUCUCGUCUGUCUCUCUUCAGCGCUGAAGAUCCAGUGCAGCGCCAGUACCUUCUACCUGCUGGAGGAGAUCAGUGGAUACGUUCUGGAGUGUAGAGGAACCCUGCAGGUCAAGGUGGGCCGGUCCUCAUCUCACCACCAUCUAGAUCCAGAUCUAGAUCCAGAUUAUACCAGAAUCUAGAUCAGCCUCAGAUGUGGACUCUGACCUCUGACCUUUGGUUCUCAGGGCAAAGGGGACAUGGUGACCUACUGGUUAGAAGGGAAGAAGUCCUCCUAUGUCUCCAAGGACGUCAGCAUUGACGCCAAGACAAACAAGGCCGUCACCAUGGAGACGAAGGAGGCGGGGCAAGAGGAGGAGCUUUACGCCUCCAUGCCGGGGGUUUUGAACGGCGACUUCUUCCUGGAUCCGUGAACUCCGAACUUUGAGAACUUCCGUUUUUUCUUUUACUUUCGUCUUUUGAGUUUAAAUCGAGGGUUAGAAAAAAAAAAGUGA